CCACCACCACAACGCCAACAACCACCACCACCACAACCCCGACCACCACCACCACACCAACAACCACAACUAGAAGCACGACUACGACCACGCUCGCAGACAAAAUUUUUACUUUUGGCGGAUCUCCCAUAUGCAGCAAGUGCCUGUUCGAGGGAGGGUUCGGGUUCGACUCCGACCCCCAGUACUGCGACACCUUCUACCAGUGUAUCCCCGACUCAGAGCCCAUCAAGAAACUCUGUCCUGCUGGAACCUUCUGGAACGGUGACCAGUGCGACUUCAUCCACAAGGUCAAAUGUCAACUCGCUGUUUGUGACGUCAGGACCCCCGCCGGGACCCGCUACCCCAGCGGACGAUGCUGUAACAAAUUUUACGAGUGUAACAACGGGAACCUGACCGAGAUGAGCUGCCCCAUGGACCAGUUUUAUGACGCCACUAGCAGAAGGUGCCAGACUGUCUCCAACAGGACGGUCGUGUGCGAGAUGACCAACAGGUUCGAGUGUGACGUCAACAGGAACGGACCAGUCAAAACCGAGGCUUGUGCUGGAUACGCCCCUGAUCCAUUUGGAAACCCAUGCAAAUACCAGUACCAAGGAAUCUCCCUGAGCGUUGCCCCCGGCACAGAAUGGAACCAGACCAAAUGUUCUCUGGACUUCAGCAAGACUGACCGCUGCUACAACACACUGGUGGCCCUGGACAGAGAUUUCCUAGGCAACGGCUCCUCCAAUGUCUGUAACGCCGUGUUCCUGGCCAACUUCGACAACGGAAGUAAAACCGUCCUGAGCGAGCGUCUGAACAAAGCUCUGGACGUCUACUCCAUCCAACAGGAAGUCCGUCUGGAGAACAACGCCCUGACCUUCACCCCUGACAUGAGCAAUGCCUUCCUCUACUACUUCUUCUUCAACAACAAGGACAUGGCCAGUAACACCGCCUUCAGAGCUCGCGUGCGAUUGGACAAUCCCCAGCUAAACAGAGAGUACGACAUCUUCUCCAACAGCUACUGCUCCCAGUGUCCCGACACCAUCCGGCUCACAGUCUCAGCCACAUCCAGUACCAAGCGUGUGGUCACCGCCAUGUUUGUCACCACUGGAAACUCCAGUGUUCAGACAUCCGCCAUCAUUGAUCUUAGAAACGCUAACGAUAUGAUGGACAUCACCGUGGUGUUUGGGGACAACGCCAUAUAUGGUAAAGUGAAAGAGGUCAGCGGAAGUAACGUCAACAGUGUCAUCCAGGCUGUUGACUUUAGCAGGGUGGGAAAGACAGCCGGAAGUCACAUAGCCAUCAACAAAUGUGGCAUUCAGCUUGGCAGAGGUCCCAACAACCACUUCGUUGGACUUAUUGAUCAGUUUGCCGUCUACGAGAGCUGCCAGGAUAUCGACUCAGUCCUGAGAUAAAAACUAAAAACUAGGAACAUUAAAGUAUAAAAACAUCGACGCAUAAUGCGGAACAAAAGUAUUCUAACAACUGUUACACAUCUGCAAUAAAAAAUAUUGUAUCAACAAUAUGUAGCUAAACACAAUGACAGUCGUUCAAAUGAGCUAAGAUACGAAAGGGCUAUGUGAUAUGAGAUUAUAAACAGUACAAUAAAAGUAAUACAAAUUAUUAUCUCAUAUGUCUAUAACAUACAACAAAAUAUAAUAAUAUUUACAAUAUAUUACAUUUUAAAAAGCAUAAAGUAAACACAAAAAAUUCUAGAAUAUAUAACUGAUUGAAACAUUUAUGUUAUACGAUAAAACAUCAAAUAUAAUUUAAUUACACAUUUGUUAACAAGAUUAUAUUUUUACCAAAAAGAUGCACGCUAUGUAUUUGUUCUAAAUAAACCGAAACAAUGUAAAUGAAGUAUAUUUAUCGAGACGUACACAGCGUCAACUUGCCAACAAACGAUAAUAUUAUUAUUUACAGUUUACACGUUUUUAUUGUACCUGUUUUUUAUUCUUUUAUAAAGUUUGAAUUAAAAUCUGGUGAAGAAAA